CGCAGUUCGUGCCUCUCUGAUUCUCGGAAAAAAUCUCGUUAGAGAGAGUGAAGGAGAUUCUACUGUGCCAGCCACACUAAUACUAGUCACCGAUCAUGCACGACGAUGAUAACUGUAACAACUGGCGGUGCUCGGCGUGGAACAAUCCGGUGCUUUAUUUGGCGGCGGCGUUUGUGGCCGUGUUCCUUUUUCUGCGGCUGGGGCUCUCCAUCUGGAUUUUCUACGAGAAGCGGAGGCAGAUAAUGGCUCAACAACACGAUCACAGAUUAUCAUCAGCUUCACAAGACUUGGAGAGUAAUGGGACGGUUACUAGUAAUAGUACUGAUCGUGUUCAUCAGACAGAAUGGGAACUGGAGAGUGUUAAUGGUGGUGGUGAGGCCAGCGAUUGCAAGGAAGGGAAAGUUUCCGACGAUAAGGUUUUGGUGAUAAUGGCCGGAGAUGACAAACCUACCUUCUUGGCCACGCCAAUGUGAGGGCGGCGGCCGAGACUACGGGGAUACAGAAUUAGAUCCCUAACCUAAGCUGAUGCUUUGUAGUUUAGUUCUAGGCCUUUAGCUAUUUGGUUGUUUGAGGCUGAAACAAAAAUGAUGUUACAGAUAAACCCCAAAAUU